UGCCUAGAGAAGAAGAAAGACGUCAAAUUGUCUGACAAUUGAAAUAAAAAUAAAAAAAAGCUUUUUCUACUCUUUAUCGGAAUAAAACAAAUUUAGAAAAUUUAUGCAAACAUCUUCCGGCACAAAAGUUUUAUUUCAUCAGACUCGUGUUGCUGUUUAAAGAAUUUACAAGUGUUUUGCUUAGUGACCAACAAAAAUAAAACAUAUUGUAAGCUGUGGGGUUUGGAAGGCAUAAAUUAAAACCAAAAACAAAAUGUUUAAACGUGUAAUGGGUGUUAUAGUACAAACCAGGGGAUUUCUCACAGACUUGGAAGGCUUAAAGAGUAUUGUGCGCAAUGAACAAAAAGAAUUGAACAUUUCCCCGGUCCAUAAACUAGAUCGUCCCUUUAAAACUGCCACCUUUGGCAUGGGUUGUUUCUGGGGUGCUGAGUCUUUGUAUGGCGGCACUUGGGGUAUAUUGCGCACCACUGUGGGUUAUGCUGGCGGCUCUAAGGAUCAACCAACGUACCGUAAUAUGGGUGACCACACAGAAGUUUUAGAAAUUGAUUAUGAUCCUGAAAUCAUAAGCUAUAAACAAUUAUUGGAUUUAUUCUGGAAUAACCAUGAGUAUGGUUUGUGUACUGUUAUCAAAAGGCAAUAUAUGUCUUUGAUUUUAUAUCAUGAUGAAGAACAAAAACAAAUAGCUGAACAAUCUCGGGCAGAAGAACAAAUUAAAAGAGCUCCUGAAGUUAUAAGAACAGAGAUAUCUCCCAAAACUAAUUUCUAUCCAGCAGAAGAUUACCACCAAAAAUAUCGUUUACAAGGACAUCGUGACUUGUGUGAGACCUUUAAUUUAAAUUCCUCUUUGUUGCAAAACUCUUAUGUGGCCACUAAACUCAAUGGCUAUUUAGCGGGUGUAGGUGGUUUGGAGCAAUUUAAACGUGAGGUAGAACAAAUGGGUUUGACACCCACCCAAAGAGAAUACUGCAACUACUAUAUAGAAAAGAAUGAAGGCCAAGGUCUCUACUGCUGACGCUGUCAACUGUUGAUAGAUGUUAAACGCAAGAAAUAUUGCAAUUCCUAAUAUGAGUUGCAAAUGGUAUUACUUUAUCUUUUUCCUUGUUGCACCUUUUUUUCUUUAAAUUUCUUUUUAGUUUUAUAAGUAUUAGUUUUAUGUUAGUAUUUAAUCUAUAACUAUAAACACUAUUAAUAGCUAUAAUUAAUAGUUAUAACAAUGUGAUGUAUGUAUUAUUAAAUUAUACAGGCUUUAAAUAAAAUAUAUAUUUAUCUAGAAAA